UGGUGUCGUAGUAGCGUUGAAUAAUCUUCAUCAAUUUUCGUCUAUUUUACAUGGAAGUAUUACUUUUUGUUGUGAUUUGAAAAGUAAUCAAAAUAUUUUUACUAUCGUUUCUAAGUUAAUUAGCGCGUAUUUAUGAACAAAAUGGAGCAGGACGUAGACAAUACGUAUAGAACAGUUUGCAGUACGUGUUUGAGUGCCGAUCGUAACUUAUUUGCAAUAAAUAACUUGGCCCAAAUAUACCAAGUAUUUCGGCUACUUAUGUAUGAUUUCGCGGGAGACAGGUUCGGAGACACCUUGGAGAUGGAGCAGUUUGUCUGCUGGGAGUGCUUGGCGCUGCUCAAGAAGUUCUGCCGGUUCAAGCAGCAAGUGCAUAGCGCCCAGGAUCACCUGCGGGUCUUUGCCAUCAGCCGAGCCCAAGAGAGUGUGGACCACACAUACAUGUCCCAAUCACUGUCCUCGCUGGAUGUCAUCACAAAGGCAGACUACGAUAAGAUAUACUUCGACUACACAGCGAGGGACGCCGAGCAAUGGCCGACAGAGUACAUAGCCAUCAGCGGUCCAGACAACGUGAAGAACGAACAGUUCGACGUGACGCAGGCUGUACGGAGCAACAUCGACUUAGAUAUUGAUGAUCACAUGCUUGAAGUGCCGCAGAUAGUUUUGGAGAAUCCAGUGACGGGUGUCAUGUCCCACAUAGUGGUGGGCACAGAUGCGCUGGUCACGCACGCGGAGACCUUCACCCACGUGGUCAAGGGAGAGGUGCCGAUCACUGUCAGUACAAUAACUGAAACGGAUUCCGGCGCCAAGAAGCCAAAGCCGCAAGCUAAGGUGGGGUAUGUCACGGAGUACAUGUCCGAAGCUGAGAUGAUGGCCUGCAGAGAGGAAGCGAAGCAGAAACUCCAGUACGCGAGUUCGGUGUACAAAUGCGAGUUGUGCAUUAUCGGGUUCUACACACAACAACAGGUUGAAGACCACUUCAUAUCCGCGCAUAGAGCUAAACCUGGCUUCAUGGCGUGCAAAGUUUGCUACGUGUACAUAGACGAGUCCAAGAUCCACUCGCACUUGGAUGAACAUUACUUCAGGUACACGUGUAAGAUGUGUAGCCACGUGGAGUUCAGCGUGCGCCUGAUCAGCAUGCAUGUUAAGACUCACAUGAGCAAGGCGGUACCGAACACAGUUAUCAAGAUUGGAGACACUACUGGCGGGAAGAGUAAGAAGAAAAAACAGAAAGAAUCGCCGUCGACCCCACCCAAACCCGGCGACCUGCGACGGCUGCUGUCCAAGACCACUAUAGAGGGGUACCGGUGCUUGGAGUGUGAUAUGUUCUUUAAAAACUCUCGAGCCCGCAAGAACCACGUAGAUAGAUAUCACAGGGAAGGAUUACAAUGCGACCAUUGCAAGAAGAGAUUUGUCAACAAAACCACUCUCGCUACACAUUUAAGGCUACACGAAGGCCCACUCCCCCGUGAAGAAUGCCCGAUCUGCCACAAGAUGGUGCGCGUGAUACAACUCAAGUACCACAUACAGCGUCACGAGAACAAGACGCGUCACGUGUGCUUCGAGUGCGACAAGGUGUUCUCGCACCAAGCUACUUACCACGCGCAUCUCAAGUACUCACGCGCACACGCCUCCGACAACGUGUUCAAGUUCCCGUGUCCGAUGUGCAACAAGGGAUACCCGACCAAGGAACAGAUGCAGGACCACUUCAACUACCAACACCUCGGGAAGACCACGCACAAGUGUCCUAUAUGUGCCAAGCCAAUAGCAUCCCGGGCUAAUGUGGAGAAGCACAUGAUGCGCGUCCACGGCGAGAGGAAGGAGAAGCCGCGCAACCAUUGCUGCCAGCAGUGUGGGAAGGCGUUCACUGACAAGAAAGCGCUUGUCCAGCACAUAGUGAUCCACUCUGGCGAGCGUCCGCUGUCGUGCGAGAUUUGCCAGCAAACAUUCAAGCAGAAAGCGUCGCUGUACACGCACAGGAAGAGAGUGCACAAGGUGUUCCCUCCCAAGAGGGUCGUCGAGUUUAUGGACUCCAAGCCUGAUGGUAGCUAGGCUAGACAGGACCACUAUAUAGGCAACAAAAGAAUCUGAAUCGUAAUUUAUUUAAAAUCCCGGGUUAAUUGAAGUGAUUUACCAUCAUUAAUAGCGACUUACAUUCAAGUAUAGCGACUUACCAUCAUGCAUUGUGACUUACCACCAGGUAUAGUGACUUACCACCAGGUACAGUGACAUACCACCAGGUAUAGUGACUUACAAGCAGUUAUAGUGACUUACCACCUGGUAUAGUGACAUACCAGCAGGUAUAGUACAUGACGCCAGUUCCAGCUAACUUAAUUUUAUUUUAGUUUGACACCCAUAAACUUCGUCCUUUAUUUACAAGUACAGGAAAAAUACCUUUGGAACUGUAAAACUAAAAUUAAAUUAAAUUUAUUCUGUCAGAAUUUUAUUUUUUACUUUAUGUAUUAUGUUCAUUACAUUAUAAUCUAUAUUGUAUUAGGUAUAUUAGAUAGUUCAUAAUUAUAGUUUAAAAUUACAUUUUCUGAUCUUUUAUUUCUGCCCACCCACUUUGGCAGCGGGCGAGGUGAAAUAUAAGGUUUCGAAGGUAUGUGAUGUAACUCAAAUUUCAAAUUCAAGUUCUAAAAUAUUCAGUAGGCAACAUAGUUACAUUUUGAAUCGUCAUUUUUUACAUAACGAAUGUUUCAUCCGCCUAAAACUACUACAGCUUCUCUCAACCUGUAUAGCCGGGGAAAAUAAUCUACAAGAUUUUUCUUGCCUCGAUACACGACCUUAGACAUUCUUUAAAAAAUAUAUUGGUGCUAAUUCCUGUAAAUACCAUCUAAUUUUAUUUUAAGUUAUAUCUGUCAUUUUCUUAUCCGCCGAAAAAGAAAGGGACGGGUAAUCGACAAGCAUAAAAUUUAUGGAACACACGUCAAUUUUAAGCACAAAUCUAAACCAACCGUCUAAAAAUUUUACAUCCGUCAAUAACCCGACACAGUUAAGUAGACAGCACGUCAAACGGAUUGCAUACCAGCGACGUACCUUUUGAUUCGCCCGGGUUAUUCAUUCAUUUACUCAUUCUUCCUAAAAUUAAGAGCUGUGAAUCAUCCGUCCCUUUCCUUUUCGACGGAUAUGAAAAUGACGGAUAUAAGUUAAAAUAAAAUUAGGCGGUGUCUGCAGGAAUCGGGGCCAUUGUUAUACUUAUUUAAUUUGGCUGCCUAAUAUCAGUUCCCAGACAGUUAAUUUCAUGCAUUCAUAUCUUCUAAAUAAUCACUAACCUUAUUCUUAACCUGCAUUGGGCUGGUUUUCCCUUCGCGGGUUGGAAGAUCAGACAGGUAGUCGCUUCUGUAAAAACCCGGACCUGUCAAAUCUUCAGGUUACGUAAGCGGACUCCGUGGAAAACAGGAUACGGCUAGGGAGACGAUGAGAAUUGCUUUGACGUGUCCUUGUUCCUGGCUACUGUUGGCUGUCCCGGAAAGCUCUAUGUCUAUGUGACUUGGUUUUUAAUGUAGCCAUGUUUGAAGAGAGUAAUUAAGUGCAUCUUAUUAUACAAAAAUGUGUAAAUGAUAUUAUAUUUUAUCAAAUAAAUAUGAUUGCAGUAUUA